AAUGCGUGAAAAGCUGUUUAAAGAUUGUCCGGCGUUCUUCAGUCAGCCGGAGAGCGCAGAAAAACUGACGCAAUUCUUUGGGAAGAGAGAGGUAAAUCCCGCCAGUCUGGACAUGGAGCUGGAGCUCGCGCGUCAUUCGCUGGACUACAUCAAGCAAGAAUAUCUGAAGUGUAUCGAGGCGAAUUCACAAGGUGUCACCACAAUUAAAGAUAAUUGCAUCGGAAACAGCUGUAGGAACAACGGCACGUGUAUUCCCAAUGAGAAGAAUUACACCUGUAGAUGUUUACCCGGGUACAGCGGAGAUAGGUGUGAGAAGGGUGCGUGA